AUGCUCCUCUCUCCAAACCGCGAGUACGUCUCGUUCAGACAAUCAAAACGCGACUCCAGCAUGUCUCCCUGUCGAGCUUCAUCCCCCCUCUUCCACCACACACCCCCCAACGCCAACUCCUCCCUCACGUACGACACGCCCAUGCUUUCCCCAUCCCCUCGCAAGCGACGAGCCCUCCCCAGUCCCGGUCCAGUGGACCCGGACGAUGUCUUCCAGUCUCCUCUGCGGAGCUACAACUUCCACUCCCACCAAACGCCCCCGGGGCCGCCAGAUUCGUCCAUGCUCGUCGACGAAGAUACGGAUCUCUUCCUGGGCCCCUCCCCAUCCUCCUCCGCCCCGUUCGCAUCGUCCUCCCCUGCUUUCUUUCGAACGCCGCGUCGAAUUCCCAUGCGAGAUCUUCUGGGCGGCUCCCCGCAGUUCUCACCCGAUCGCCCUGCUUUGUCCCUCAAGCGUCUCAACGGCUCAUCGGGACCGUUCCAGCCCGCCGGCCUUAGCGUCAAGCGCAAGUCGACCACCACGCCGUCGCGCAGUCGCACCAUGACCCCGCUGAACGUCGCCUCCAACGUGGUCCUGGUUGAGGGAGAUCCCUCUUCACUGCUCUUUGACCGGCUCGCCCCCCUCUCCGCUCCGCGUUUCGCACUGCACACGCCACACAAUAAAGUGGAGACGGAACUUCACCUGAAGCGACAGGCAGAGACAAUGACCAUGCUGAGCCUUCGCGACCUGGACGGCUCGGGAGACGAGAGCGGCUAUGACUCUGACCAUCAAAUUGGCUCUGUGCGGACAAUGGGACACCAGCCCUUUCUGCUUUUGGACAGCCCCGGCGGCUCCGUUGGCCCCUUCGCCUCGACAAAGGCUCGCAUGAAGACAAAGGAACUCUCCAGGGCGGAGUCACCUAGCCCUGAGUCUUCAAGCCUCAGCGACGUAGCGACCAAGGACGAUGAGGUGGCCGAGGCGGUCUCUCCCGACGGCCACGUUUCCAAACGACGUGCUCGCUCCCGCCCCGUCUCUUUAGAGCUGCUUGAAGCGGUCCACAAUACGCCCCCGCGGGCCUCACCACUGCAGGUUUCCUUUACUCCACGAAUAAGCCAUCCAGCGUCUCCGAGCACUGUAACCUUCCCUUCCGCCCGCAACAUGCGCCCCCGCAAGACGUCCGACUCGUCAGUUGCCUCAUCUGAUGCCGGGUCUCCUCGUCGCCCCAGCGCUGCCGGCGCUACGCGCACAAGGACGCAGUCUCACACUAGCCGUACCCUCAAUCGCCUUCAGAGCACGAGUUCCGCCACUCUGUUCUUUGGUCCGUCCAUCCCCAACACUGCGCGAAAGGAGAAGAAGUCGACGAGGACUGUGUCGACGACCAACACUCCUGUCGCUCCGCGCACGCGCCGGGCGGAACAGUCCGCAAAGGCCACUAACCGCCACAGUUACGCUGGGGCAGACGGUUCGCCCACCUGGGUCAGUCGCUCUCCCGCGACCCCAGGUCUGCCUUCAACGCCACCUCCCGCCGCUGGCCGGAAGCGGGUGGACUCGGACGACGCAGAAGCCGAUCUUUUCUUCAACAGCGGUGCCGCGGACUCGUCCUUUGCCAUCAGUCUGAAGCGACUUAGCACGCCCAGCCCGAAGAAGAAGCAGAAGCGCGAGUCACUUGACCCACUGCCCAGGAAAUUUAGGUCGCGCGACUCCGGUGUUGUCCUCACCGACAGCGAUGAAGACCUCGAUCUGCCGUUGGAGACCGACAAGAACUACCUCAUGGCCGCUAUGCCGCGAGCCUCGAGUUCCGUGAGCACGGUGGCAUCCGACGACCAUGGGCUGCUUACCCCUGGGGUCGGCCCCUCUCUAGAGUCCGGCUGGCCAACGGUCGUCAAUCCCAGCGACGAUGCUCCCGCGACCCACAUGGGCAUGGGCCGCAGCGUUGACGCGUUCAUCCUCAAGACGCUCGCGCAGGGCGGCACCGUCGCUACCCGCGGGGACGACGAGCAUCCCAAACGCGCCCCAGGCACCCCCGUGAAGAAGCUCAAGACCGCACACCUCGUCGGAGGUGUCCAGCGCCCGUGGCAGAGCGCCGUGGCGCACAAGAUCGGCUUUAAAGAGUUCGACGACGGCUCCGUCAACGGGAUGGGGAAGAAGGCGAAGCCUCGCAAGAGUCUUCCGGCGGCAUUCCCUGGCCUCGGCCGCGCGAAAGAGAACAAGACCGCGAAGAAGGAGAUGCCACCGCCGCUUCAGGUGGACAGAGACGGGGAGGCGGAGGAGGAUGUGGAGAGCCCGACUAUGCGGAGGGAUGCCAGAUACGAUGGAUUGGGGCUGGGUCGUCCGACGACUGGGAUUCCCCAGUUCGCGCGACCCUCAGGCGAGGGGCGACCGGCGAAGGGGCAUUGGUUGAUGAGGCGAAGCAGCAGCGGUGCGUUCUCUAGCUCCAGCGAUGCAUCUUCCAUCAAUGCUACCCCCACGAGACUGACACCGAAAGAGUGGGGUCUCCCUCCUGCUCGCGUGCCCACCCCUUCGUCCCCUCUGAAGCGUGGUCAUGAAGACUCUGCUCGCUCUGGUACAACCUCCGGCUCAUCAUCUGGCACCACUACCGCUACGAACUCUCCCACUCUCCUCACACGGCAUCCUUUCGGCAAUGUUGCACCUCGAGAGAGGCACAACAGUCAACUUCCCCUCGGCCUCCAAACGCCCGCGCUGUCUCUAUUCACCCAACGUCCUCACACCCAUGCACAUCCCGCCCGGCAAGUACAUCCACAAGUACCUAUUCGUCAGGCACGUCUCCUUGGUCCAUCGAGCGAGGAACACGUGGGCCGCUUUGGACGCGAUUUCGCCGAGAUCGACGAGCUGGGGAGUGGGGAGUUCGGCCGCGCGAUGAAGGUCCGGUACAAGGACCCUAGUCGCGGCGCUGAUAUCUUCGCUAUCAAGAAGUCGAAGCGGUUUGAGGGUUUCAAGCAUCGACUGCGACUUCGUGAGGAGGUUGAGAUCCUCAAGCACCUCUCGGACAUCGCCUCACGCCACGGCAGCGGCGGUCACCCAAACAUCCUUGGCUACAUCGAUGGCUGGGAAGAAGACGAGACGUUGUACAUUCAAACUGAGCUUUGCGAGCUCGGCAAUUUCUCGCAUUUCCUCUGGGAGUACGGACGCGCCUUCCAAGUUCUCGAUGAGGCUCGCGUCUGGAAAAUCAUGGCCGAACUCGCUUCUGGACUCCGCUUUAUCCACGACGCCAACGUCAUCCACCUCGACCUCAAGCCCGCGAACAUCUUCCUCACAGGCGAGGGGCGGCUCAAGAUCGGGGACUUCGGCAUGGCGUCGCUGUGGCCGCGUCCCGUCGGGGAGGGCGAGACCCCUAUCAUCCCCGGUAUAAGACCAAAAGGCUUCGAACGUGAGGGCGACAAGCUUUACCUCGCACCGGAAGUUCUUCAAGGCCGGUAUGGCAAGGCGGCAGACGUGUUCAGCCUUGGGAUGACUAUGCUGGAAACUGCUUCCAACAUCGUGGUACCCGACCAAGGUGAAGCAUGGCACCGUCUCCGUCGAGAGGACUUCAGCCAAGUUCAGCUUGACACCAGUCCCGAGCUGUGGGACCUGCUGAAGAGCAUGAUGCGCGCUGCUCCCGCUCUGCGGAUCGGGAUCGCACUUGUGGAUACGCACCCCGUCGUAAUGCGGGCCCGUCGGUCGAUGGAGCGCAUGCGGUCUCAGUAUGGUCCCGUGUUCGGUGCUUCCCCUCUCGGUGCUGUUCCUCCAGGCUUCUUGGACGAGAUCCUCGCUCGCGGCGGCGGCCACGACGCAGACGACGAUUGGGAGAUGGAUCUCGAGCUCUGA